GCAGGGCAGGGCAGGGCAGGGCAGGGCAAGGAAGCGAAGGGCAGAACAGAGCGCGGCUCUGCGCCCCCGGGCUGCUUGCCGCGGCAGAGGGCGGGAGCGGAGCGGCUCCCUCAGCAACACAGCCCCCGGGGCCCCGCUGCGGUGCGGGGUAGGGCCGGGCAUUUCGCUCCUCCUCCUCCUCCCGUCCCCGAGCUGCCAGGCGGAGGCGAAGGGAGCAGGAACCGGGCGGGAGGCGAGGGACGGCCCGACUCGGAGCGAGCGAGUGAAGCUUACGCAGAUCUUUGGAAAAUGACUUCCUCAGGUGCAUAUGGGUCUAACUCCUGGGAGCUCUUGGUGUCAGUUGAUCACCAGUAUGAAGAGGAGCAAAAAGAAUUUACACUACGGGUCACAGGCGACCUUCAUAUUGGAGGAGUGAUGCUGAAAUUAGUAGAACAGAUCAAAAUGCCCCAAGAUUGGUCAGACUAUGCUCUUUGGUGGGAGCAAAAAAAAUGCUGGCUUCUGAAAACCCACUGGACUCUUGAUAAAUGUGGGGUGCAGGCAGAUGCUAAGCUGCUCUUUACUACUCAGCACAAAAUGCUGCGGCUUCGCUUGCCAAACAUGAAGACCGUGAGACUGAAAGUCAGCUUUUCUUCUGUGGUGUUCAAAGCUGUCAGUGACAUCUGCAAAAUCCUCAAUAUCAGACGGUCAGAAGAACUCUCUUUGCUGAAGCAGUCAGAAGAUACAAUUAGAAAGAAGAAGAAAAAAGACAAGAACAACAAAGAACCUGUUACAGAAGAUAUUUUAAACUUGUGCAACUCUCCAGCGAGUUCUGGAUUAUCAGCAAGUCCAGGUUUAUAUAGUAAAACCAUGACGCCCACGUAUGAUCCCAUCAGUGGGACACCAGCUUCUUCUACGGUCACUUGGUUCAGUGACAGUCCCUUGACUGAGCAGAACUGCAACGUCCUUGCCUUCAGUCAUCCCAUCUGUUCUCCAGAAACACUAGCGGAGAUGUACCAGCCUCGGACAUUAGCUGACAAAGCUAGACUCAAUGCAGGCUGGCUAGAUUCAUCCCGAUCACUUAUGGAACAAGGCAUUCUGGAGGAUGAUCAGCUUCUUCUACGCUUUAAAUAUUACACUUUCUUUGAUUUGAAUCCAAAAUAUGACGCAGUGCGGAUAAACCAAAUAUAUGAGCAAGCCCGCUGGGCUAUCCUGUUAGAAGAAGUUGACUGCACAGAGGAAGAAAUGCUGAUCUUUGCUGCACUACAGUACCAUGUAAGCAAGUUAUCAUCAUCAUCAGAGACACAAAAUUUCACUGGUGAAUCAGAAGUAGAUGAAAUAGAAGCUGCGCUUUCUAAUCUGGAAGUGGCACUGGAAGGGGGAAAGACAAGUAACAUUUUGGAGGACAUCACAGACAUCCCGAAACUUGCUGAUUAUCUCAGGCUAGUUAGGCCCAGGAAGCUGUCAAUCAAAUCUAUCAAGCCAUACUGGUUUGUUUUUAAAGAUACUUCUGUAUCUUUUAAAAACACAGAAUCUGCACAGGGAGAACCGAUUGAGAAACUAAACCUAAAAGGAUGUGAAGUUGUACCAGAUGUAAAUGUUGCAGCAAAGAAGUUUGGAAUCAAAUUAUUAAUUCCUGUUGCUGAUGGCUGAAUGAAUAUAUUUAAAUGUGAUAAUGAGAAUCAAUAUGCUCGGUGGAUGGCUGCUUGUGUUCUGGCCUCAAAAGGCAAAACAAUGGCUGAUAGCUCUUACCAUCCUGAGGUCCACAAGAUCCUUUCAUUUCUAAAGAUGAAGAACUGGACUAUGUCACCCCAGGCUGUCUCUGAUCCGGAAAACAUAGAUAAACCAGAAUGCUUCGUCUCAUUACGUUACACAAAAAAAUACAAGUCCAAGCAGUUGGCUGCUCGUAUUCUGGAAGCUCACCAAAAUGUGUCCCAGAUGUCCCUAGUGGAGGCCAAGCUGCGUUUUAUUCAGGCAUGGCAGUCCCUUCCUGAGUUUGGCUUGUCCUACUACAUUGUAAGGUUUAAAGGAAGCAAGAAGGAUGAUGUGCUCGGGGUGUCCUAUAACAGGCUGAUAAGAAUAGAUAUAGCCACAGGAGACCCUAUCACAACAUGGAGGUUCUCCAACAUGAAGCAGUGGAAUGUGAACUGGGAAAUACGCCAGGUUGCAAUUGAAUUUGAUCAGAAUGUGUCUAUCGCCUUCACAUGCCUGAGUGCAGACUGCAAAAUCAUCCACGAGUACAUCGGGGGCUACAUCUUCUUGUCAACCCGCUCCAAAGACCACAAUGAAACACUGGAUGAGGAACUGUUCCAUAAACUAACUGGAGGUCAGGAAUGAGGCAAACUCUUUCCCUUCUGCUGGCACAGAUUAAGAGGACAAGGGAUUAUACAAUAAUCUUCAUACCAUAGUUAUUGUAUAAUCUCUUUGUUUAUUACUGACAAAUAAAUACACUAUAUGUGUCAA